GCUGGAGGAGGAUGGGGUCCGCGCCCUCGGCGUCCCGGGCAGCCGCCGUGCCGGCGAGGGCAGUGCGCAGACCCGGCGUGUGACCCGCGUGCGCCCGGGGAGCAUGGACCAGGGCCCGGGACACAGCUCCUAGGCUCCCCUCCGCGCCCGGUCUGCUGAGGGGCACGUCGCGGGUCGCGGGCGGGCUCCGUCGCUCACGGGCCAUGCGGAGUGCUCGGGCCGCUUGGCCCAGGGUCGGCGUCGGGGCUGGCCGCGUCCUGUCGCGCUGACGGCGAGGCCGCACCGGAGCGCAGCGCCAUGGCGAGGGAAGAGUGCAAGGCGCUGCUGGACGCGCUCAACAGGACGACCGCGUGCUACCACCACUUGGUGCUGACCGUCGGCGGCUCGGCGGACUCGCAGAACCUGCGCGGGGAGCUGCAGAAGACGCGCCAGAAAGCGCAGGAGCUGGCGGGGGCCGCCUGCGCCCAGCUGACGGUCGCGCUGCGCGACCGGGGCUUGGUCGCAGAGGAGCGCUCCGAGUUCGAGCGCCUGUGGGUGGCCUUCUCCGGCUGCCUGGACCUGCUGGAGGCCGACAUGCGACGCGCGCUGGAGCUGGGCACCGCCUUCCCGUUGCACGCGCCGCGGCGGCCGCUGGUGCGCACCGGGGUGGCGGGCGGCUCCGCAGGCGUGGCGGCGCGCGCCCUGAGUGCCCGCAGCCUCCGGCACGAGGCACAGAGCGACUUCGACGUCGCGGACCUGCGCGAGCUGGAGCGCGAGAUCCUUCAGGUGGGCGAGAUGAUCAACAACAUGGAGAUGAAAGUCAACGUGCCCCGCUGGACCGUGCAGGCCCGGCAGACGGCGGGUGCCGAGCUGCUGUCCAGCGCCAGCGCAGGCGCCUCCUCGGCCGGGGUCGUGUCCGUGGGGGAGCGCGCGGGGCCCUGCGACCCCAGCAAGGCGCUGGCCGCCACCGUUUUCAGCGCAGUGCUGCUGGCCGCGGUGGCCCUGGCCGUGUGCGUGGCGAAGCUGAGCUGACGGACGCCCAACGCCCGCCUGCCACCCCCGCUCCCUCCAGGGAGACCAGACUCGGGAUGGGCUUGGGGUCUGGUUUGUUGAAGGGGAUUGGCGUACACGCGCGUUUCAAGCACACACCUGCCUGGGCAGGACCUGGUUUCCUCUCGCCGGCCUGGGAGGAGUUAACUUUGUGCGGGCGGCAGGGCAUUACCGCUAAUGUCUGCAGGAGCUUUGCGCCCUAUUAAUAGAAAAUCGUCACAGUGACCCCAGAUCUCUCCGAGUUAAUGAGUCAACACGUUUGCUGCUGGGGCGGCUUUACAGGGAGUCCAGAAGUGGGAAAGGGUACCAGGAGGAAGAGAUUGACAGUU